UCAAGCUAAGCAGAACAAUUUAACACUGCUAGAGAAACCUGAGUUAGAGUUAGGUACAAUACCAAUCAAUCAAUCAAUCAAUGGAUGAUGACAAUGAAGACGAGUAUUUGCCACCAGCAAACACAGUUACACUAAGAGUACCCUACGAUCCAGAGUUACGCACACAAUAUGAACUCUACAAGCCCUCGAAGGCCACCAGACGCUUGUAUAGCGAACGCUUCAGGAGCGUAUUCCCCGAGGCGUUUAUUGAUAAUGAGCGACUGGGCACGUUGGCGGACUUGAGCGCUCGCGCUUUGGCGCAGAUGAGCACGCGGUUCACAGCGCCGCCUGGCAUGGAGACGCAGUUCUAUGAGGGGCUGGACGUUAAUCUGCCGCUGCAGGAUUGCUACUUUAUUACAGACGCUGCCUACUGGCGACGAGUCGUGCUGGCCAAGACUACAGAUCAGUCGUUGCAGCUGAAGAAAGUGGAUGAGUACGAUUGGCGAGGCAAGGGCAUUAGCCUAAAGUAUGUGGAGUUGGUGGAAGCAUGUCCGGCAGCCUAUUGGCCAGAGCAGCAAAUGGCGCAGUUGGGCUACAGAGUGCGGGAUUAUAUGAGAACUAUGCACAUACGACAUUUGCAGUCAUUGCCAGAUCAUUACUAUAAGCAUUUUGUUGAAAGUGAGGAGGAGCUGGAUGUUAGUUCGCAGGCUUCGGAGGAUUCAGUCAUAAGCAGUGAUGAAGCGCCAACACCUGAAGAGGAGGAGGAGUGUGAAGAAGAGGAAGAGCCGCCAGAGCCAGUGCAAGUGCCAGUGCCAACAAAUCAGCUUAAAAUAAAUGUAAUCCAUAUCAAACCGGAACUAGAAUCUGCUGCUUUUUCUGGUGCUGAGGGCUCUAUGACCAGUGGAUACUCCAAGUCAAACGCUUCAGAGGCACGGCGUGAAUCACGCAAUGCACGCAAUGCCGCACGCCAGUUGCUGCGAGAUCUACGCGAGGAGAAGAAAGCUGAGCAUGAGCGCAGAAAACGAGCACGCUCGUUGCUGAACAAAGUGCCUGAAGUUGUUAAGUCAAAGAAGAAGAAGAAGAAGCCAAAGACUAUUAAGGACGUCUUUAAUAUGGAGGUGCCACCAGAGCCCGAGGACCAUGAGCUCAACAUUUACGACAGACGCAAUCAGGAGAAGCUUGUGCGCCGUCAUAAGCGCUACGAUUAUCCUGCCAAGGAUUGUCAUCACAUAGAUCUCAGCUUUGUGCGCUAUUUCGACAAGUUGGUGUCGCUUACGCUGGAGUUCAUGGGUCCCAAAAUGGAGCGUGGCUAUCAUAAGCGUCAUCUGAACUUCAGCUACGAUGAUAUGCGACGAUUGGCCAAAGGACUGCGCACGCUGCAGCAGCUCCGAGUCUUUCGACUGCGCAACAGUCGCAUGGAUAAUCUGAAGCUUCUAAUACUAACGCGUGCCAUCAAUCAGCUGGACAACUUGGAGGUGCUGGACUUCGGCUACGAUCAAUUAACCGACAAUUGCGAUGUGGCGCUCAAAAUGCUGCUGGAUCGCAGCUGCAUGUACAAAGCGCUGGAGCUGGAGUACAAUAGAUUGGAUAGAAGCUGCCUGGAGGCCAUAAGCAACUCACUGCGCAAACAUCGAGGCAAUGCCUUGGAGUACUUGGGACUGGCGCACAAUCCACUGAGCAAUGCUGGACUGACAGCUCUAGUGCAUAAUCUUGUAGGCACGAAUCAUGUGCAGGAAUUGAAUAUUGCUGGCAUCGAGACUAGCCCGGAGCACACGGCCAACGAGUUGAGUUUUCUAUUGCGCAAUCAUAAGCCGUUGCGUAGUCUCAAUAUAGUGGCCAUAGCGCUGAACCCAAAAGUGGGCAGAGAGCUGAUCUGUGGGCUAGUGACCAAUAAUAAAUUAACGCACUUUGAUUGUCGUGGCUGUGACUUGGAUGUGCAGCAAGAAUUGGAAGCCGAUUUGAUUGUCAGGCGUAAUAAUUACAGACUAACGCAUCCCUAUGUGGAGAAUGAUGAGCAUACUGAGGAAAUGGUGCUGCAAUUUUUAGCCGACAGCAGACAUCCCAUAAUACAGAAUUUGCUAAAUAAGGAUGCACAGAUGGAGGAGUGUCUACGCAAUCGUCCUGCGUUCUUACCCAGCGAGGAGAGCGUGGAGGAGGAAGAACGACUGGUGGAAGAAGAGGAAAUGGACAUUUGGGCCAUACUGGGCAUUAAAAAUCCCAAUGCAGCAGCACUUGCUCCAGAUCGUAUAAAAUCAGUUAUAUCAACACUAACAGGACUGCCCCAGCAGUCAUCAUCCUUUGUCUUCGAUCCAAACUCUUUUACUCUCGAAGAGUUUCGCGAACAUGCCGCUCAUUUUGGACUGGAGAAUCGACAUUAUUAUUUUCAGCAGCAAAAAAAGCUUUAUAGAUAGAUUAGGGCAUAACGAUAUAUUAACAUAUUUUAUAGUUUAUUCCACUAGUCUAAAUAGUCUAUAGUUUAUUUUACAUAGAGCGUUAAACAUAAAUAA